AUGGUCGAUUGUAGUCGCAUUCACAAUCUGGGUAAAGUGAGGCCAAAUCCCGACGUCGAUGGACCCGGUGUUCUGACUGGGUUUGUCGGAACGGCAUGUGUCAUGAUUGCAAUAAUCUUGGUAUACUAUCUCGUGUUCUUUGACCCAAGUGUUGACCCAUUCGCCGACGCCUCUCAUCGGCCAACGCUGUUCAAACCGAACCCAAUUGAUACGAUGCUGCUCGGCUCCAUCCGCAGACUCUGGACAAGUAUCCUCACGCCUAAUAUUUCGCAGUGUAUCCUGGGAUUUGUCGAUCUCCAGCUCAUCGCCGGGCUGGGGAUCCUCAUCAGCGGUUUCCUCUCCCUCAACGGCCUGUCCGCCUAUCACUGGUCCAUCAUCGUGUAUCUGGCUUGGCUCUCCAACAUCACCCAUCUAUCUAGUCUCACUUUGCUUCGGGGCUACUUCCACUGCCGCCCGUGGGAUCGAAACUGGCGUGUCGCCCUCAUGUCGGCUGUCCUGGGCCUCCUCCUCGCAGCAAUGACUCCGACAGGCUUCUUCAAUUGGAACUCGCCAGGCCGCCCCGUCUGGGUCCCGAAGCGAAACGCCCCGGUCGCAUGCCUCUUCCCUCCUGGGCGAGGCAUGAAGUCGCUCUAUGAGGCAUGCAUGACAUCCUCUCGAGAGUGCGUCGGCGAUACGUCGGUUUCUUCGCUCAGCAAGACGGCUGCUUUCCAGUCGAUGGUCUUCAGCAUGGUUCUACUCGUCUGCAAUUUCUCCAGCAGAGUCUUGCGAGCCUUCCGUCCCGUCUCAAAGGGCGUUCAUAAGAAAGUACGGCAGAAAAUAAGCAACCGAGCCAAGCACGCCAUUAACUCACUUUCCACGUGUCGCCCAUCAAAACUCCAGAUGCUGAACCAGAGACAGUGGCAUCUUAUGCUUGUAGAGCCUUGGCUAGCAUUCUUUCUCCUAAUCCAGCUCUACGUUGACAUUUACACGUCCAUGUUAUCUGAGAUCUACUGGCUUCUAAUAACCAGUCUCUGGGCAACGGCUCGCCUUUUUCGUGAUAGAUGGCUCCUGCAGAGAGACUUGGCCUCCAAGGAAUCACCUGCUGAGGAAGUCGAGUGGUCAUUCGGCCAAACCCUCCCAGUGAUCAUGCUCCUCGCGCCAUUGAUCCAAGUGAUUGGGGCCUUUGCGGGAGCCCCCAACACCUUACCUCCUCCCAGAAUUAGCACAAACGGGGAACAGCAGAACCGCAAGUCUUACUGGUGCCCAUUCAGAAUCGCAAUGUUGCUCAUCGGCCCAGGAUCCAACAACCCUCAAGGCGAUUUGACAACAGACGCGUCUCUGCAGCUCGAUGUGGUCUCUGAGGAUGAAGAACCACCGUGGCUCCGACGCAACCACUACGAAGCAAAGUGGGCUCCUCCGCUCAGCUUCUUUGCGUGUCUGCAAAUGUUCGCCGCUGGAUUCUUCCUCUUUCUCGACCCAGAUGGGGAGCCAAUGAUUAUCCAACUCUGGCCUUGGGUCUGCUUUGCCCAACCGGUCGCCAUCUACUUGACAAUACUGGCACAUAUCGCUGGCGAGAAUUUCAAAGGAGCAAGGCGAUGCCUUGGCCACUUGGCUGGCAGGUACGGGCUCCCUGUUGUUCUCUGCGGGGGUUUCGCCCUUGCUUUCUGGCUUACUCAGGACGACAUAUAUCCCAUGUACUGGGACGGGCAGGUUGUUGGCAUUGGUCCGACCUUCGCCAGUAUUUUUGGUACCUGUGGGGGCAGCCCGUUGAUUUACUCGGCUCUCAUGUUCUUCAUGGCAAAGUAA